AUGGCGCCCUCUGUGAUGAUUGAUGCAUUGACAAAUGCUCUGGUUGCUCGCUUCCUGCGCGCCAAUGACCACACGGAGACAUUAAAGGCUUUUAUCCGCGAGGCUAGCCUUGCUCCCGACGUGGGGCAGGCCUCUGGCGACGACACCAAUAACUGGACCAUUCAAAGCUUGGUCGAGGAGAAGGAAACGUAUGAUCAGAGUAUCAACUUUGAACGAUAUGGAGAGGGUAGUCAAGGGACUGGUCUGUGGAGUGAACCAGCACCAUCAAAACCUGCUGUGGUUCAAAUACCAACUGCAUCAAAUCUACUUGCUGCGUCGGUAGAGCUAUGGCAAAAGCCCGACGAGGAUGAAGCCGCGGGUGCAUCAGCGCAAUCCUAUAUCAUCUCUACCGGCGCCGACAAACAGGUGCAUGUACUCGAAACAACAGGGAACAAUGCCGCUGUCCAAUCCUUCUCUGAUCUAUCGAGUGCACCUGUGCUAUCAUUCGUCUCAAUUCUUCAAGGCCGGUACAUUCUCUUGACCAACAUGUCCGGUCAGAUCCUUCUCCAGCAUGGUACCAAACUUCUAGACAGCAGGAAAGAUCAUGGAAAGUAUACUGUCAAAGUAGUAGCCUACGAAGACCAGAAGGACCCGUCCAAGUGGUGGAUCGCCACCGCUGGAUGGGACGAGACAGUUGUGCUAUACAGGCUCAACAUCCCAGACGAGGCAAACGCACACACCCUGAAAAUCGGCGAGCCCAUCGCUCGCAUCAAGCUCGCAUCGAACCCGGAAUCGCUUCUGUUUGUACCGCAUAUCGAUACAAAUGACCUCCUUCUCCUGGUCUCGCGCAGAGACUCAACUCACAUCCAUUACUACCAGGUGGAAGAAACCCCCGAACAAACCGCCUCCACCUCUCUCACCUCCCCGCGCGAGUGCCAACUCCUCGGAACUCAAAACCUAGCUCCUCAUUCCAAUGCCUGGGUGGCCUUUUCGCCGGCCCAUAUGGCUCUCAGUCCUCACGACCCAGGUCUCCUGGCAGUGGCUACGUCGACCCUACCCCAUAUGAAAGUUAUUAUUGUACGCCUGCUCUUCCCAUCAAUGGGUACAUCGGACACGGAACAUGGCUCUGCGUCAGCGGACCCGGUUACGCAGGCUUCUCAGGCUAUGGAGGCUUUGGCAUUGGCUAAUCGCGAGGACGCGGCUAUCCUCGUCCAGGCGAAUACCUUUGCUUCGCAGACUGCUUAUUCGACCCCACAGGUUGCGUGGAGACCGGAUGGGUCUGGGGUUUGGGUUAAUGGGGAUGAUGGUGUUGUGAGGGGUAUCGAAACCAAGACUGGUAAGGUUAUCGCUACACUCACGGGGGGUCAUGAACCUGGUUGUAAGGUGCGUACUGUUUGGUCUGGGUAUGUUUCUGUGUUGAGGGGGGAUGGGGACAUGGUGCAGGAGGAAUGGGUUAUUAGUGGUGGUUUUGAUAAGCGUUUGGUUAUUUGGAAGAUAUAA